AUGUUUUCAUCCUCCAACCGCCAUAACGCGGCAGAACCAAGCUACGCCGACGUCUGGGAGGACACUGAGACGGAAUCGUGUGGCAGCCCGCUGCCUCGUGUGAUGAGCUUCUCUCGUCGGCCGACAUCGGAAUUCAACCGUCCCAAACGAGGCAUAUCAGCUAUCGCCAGACUUGUUGCGGCAGAGAGAAAACAGUUCAACCCAAAUUCGAAGCCUUCUCUCUUGACCGCGUUGCUCAAGCCCUCUACAAUCGUCCAACCGCUCGUCUCACCUACGACCACGAAGGACCCCAUAAUCUUUCCGACUAACAAACCUGGAACAACAAGGAUUAGUCGGGGCCUCGAGUCUCUUCGAAGUUUUCAAGACCUUGGGACAUCGACGGCCUCCAACGCUCCCAUCCCUGCCGAAAUCCAAGUUGCUGAAGCGCCUUCAGCGUCCUCGACAAACACCCGCGAGGAGCAUGACCUCUCACCACCAUCUCCCCCAGCGUCACUCAUUGCUGAACCCUUUGACCCUCAAGAGUACCAGUACGACAAAAGGUACCGCCCAAGCAUCCCUUGCCAUCAACACCAGUGGCAUCCCAUCCGCGAGUCCCAACCGGUAUACUACGCCUUCCCCGCCUACUGCCCACGAGAGCCGCCGUCCCAGGAAUCCCCUUUCCUGGCACCCUCUCUGUCCAAUUCGUCAUCACCACAGAAAGAAUGUACCCACACCCGCUCUGACAGCGCUAUCGCUGGAAUCCCUCUCGGAGCUCACCACCCUGAAGCUGAAGCCAGCACCGGAGCCAUAACUAUAGCCGGAACCGCAACAGCCACGCUCCCCCCGCCUAUCCUUCGUUCACCCACUUCGCCGACUUCACUCUUGAUCUCAUGGACCGCCAACGUCGACGCCUACCCCGACCCCCCCGACCCCGACCCCGACCAAAUCAACCCCUCAUCUCCUGCAUCCCCCUCAGCAAAAACUGCAGCAGCCCCCGCCUCCCCCUCUUACUGCACCCGCUGCGUCAUACCCUUCACCUUCGACAUUUCGUAUCUUGACCAGGACGAAAGCUGGGAAUGCUGUAACUGCGCUGCUAAGAACAUCAAGAUGUGGAUAGGGGAGCAGGAUGGCAUUGUGAGGGUGGUGCUGGGGAGGAACUUGAUUUUGACGGAGUGGCUUGUUGGGGUGGAGGAGGAGGAGGAGGGGGCAGAUGGGAAGGGAAAGGGGGCCAUGGAGAGGGUGUACUGGUAUUGA